AUGCCUUUACUGCAGUUUCUUCGUUUCUGGCAGACCGUACUAUGCCAUGUCAAAACACACGUAGGCAUAGGUAUAGUAUGUGCUGUAGCUUAUUUCGAUCCUGGAAAUUGGAGCGUUGAUCUCCAGGCAGGAUCGAGUUUUGGCUACAGGCCGAUGUUGUUCGUCAUUCUCAUGGCCGGUUUGGGAGCUAUUGUCCUACAAACGCUUUCCUGUAAGCUGGGAUGCGUAACAGGCCUUGACCUGGCAGCCCACUGUCGUAACCUCUUGCAUGACCAUCCUAAGCACCCUCUUCUUGUACGACGCCUAGUUCUCUACCCUCUAUACGUUCUCUCCGAGGUAGCCAUUAUCGCCACUGACCUUGCAGAGCUCUUAGGAUCAGCCAUUGGAAUUUGCCUCAUCUUUCCAUCUCUCCCGCUCUGGGCUGGAGUGGUGAUCACGGCUCUUGAUGUCUUUGUCUUUCUCCUUAUCUCUGACCCCACCCACAAGCAUAGUCGAUUCUUCGAAGUGGUCGUGAUCAUUCUGGUCAUGUCGGUGUUCGCAUGCUUCGUUGUGCUCAUUGUUAAAGUUAAGCCUAAUUGGCCGAGAGUGUUUAUGGGAUAUAUACCUUCCAAGGAACUCUUCAGAUCCGACCCUGAUGCCGUCUACUCAGCCGUAGGAAUUCUGGGUGCAACAGUGAUGCCCCACGCACUCUUUCUAGGCUCAUUCAUGGCGACUCAAGACCGGCACGCGCAGAUUCCCCGUACAGAUCAGGCCGCUGAACCCGAACUCCCUUUAUUCAAUCUCUCUUCACGCGUUAAGAAGGGGAUUAAAGAGCUAUUCACAGUGUCUACCACGGACACAGACAUCGCCGUCGUUGAGACGAAGAGGGAAAACCACUCUCCGACAUUCAUACGACAGCACCUCAAGCACGAAAUAGUGGACGUUGUUUCAAGUCUACUAUUUCUAGCUGUCCCGAUUAAUUCGGCCAUUUUGAUUAUGGCCGCUACGGUAUUCUAUUCUGACUCCGACGAGCCAGACGCGGAUGGGGAUGAUAUCACCGUAGCCGGCCUCUUUGACGCACACGAUUUGAUAAAAGCGAGGAUCGGCAAGGGCGCCGCCUUCGUAUUUGCCCUUGCCUUGAUUUUGGCAGGACAAACAUCGGGGAUAACAGCUACUCUUGCGGGCCAGAUCGUCUCGCAAGGGUUCAUCAACUGGCGUAUGUCGCCUUUCCUUCGGCGUCUGCUUACUCGCGCGCUCGCUUUGGUGCCCUCAGUGGUUGUUGCCAUUGCUGUGGGCCGUGCAGGUAUUGACAGCCUCCUCGUCAUUUCCCAGGUAAUCCUGAGCGUCGUCCUGCCGUUCGUGGCGUUCCCACUCAUCUGGCUGACGUCCUCGAGGCGCGUCAUGCGCGUAGAGGGCGGACAAGACCAUAGCAACGGGUGGAUCUUGGCCGUCGUGGCGUAUGGAAUAUGGGCAGUAGUCCUGGUCGCUAAUUCAUAUGCCGUCGUGUCCUGGGGCGGCCUGACGUGA